AUGAAUACUAAUUUCCAAGUAACUACUUAGACCUUCAAAACUCUGAAUGAACCUCUUUAGAUAAUACCACGACCUUCUCUUUUUACUAAAUUAUUUGUAUCUAAAGACAAUAAAGUUAUCAAAAGAAAAGUUUUUGAAACUAAAAAGGAAUGGCUAACUUGGAAGAAUAAUGUAAACUAGGAACUUCUUAAUUAAAGAAUUCUAUCAUCUAAAUAUCCAGAUAAAAUAUUAACUAUUUUAAAUUAUACUAUUGAAACAAAUAAUCAUCAAAGAAAUCUAUACAUUACGUAUGAUUGUGGACCUGAAGCAUAACCAUUAUUUUAAUAUCUGAAUGAUAACUCUGUUACUUUUUAAGAAUAAGUUAAAAUAUUUGAAUAACUAUUACAAAUUGCUUUAAUUAUGAAUCGAUCUUAAUUUGAGCAUACUAAUCUUAAGCCAAACAAUAUUUUAUAUUAUAAAAAAUAAGUUCUAUUAACAGAUUUUGGCAGUGCAAGAACUCAUUAUUAAAAUUUUCUUAAAGAAUAUACUGCUUAAGCUGAAAAAGAAUGGCAGAAUAAUUUAAUUUUCUUUUAUCCUAAAGAAUAUUAAAAAAUCAUGGAAGAAGAAAAUAUAGACUUUAGAAAUUGGAAAGAAUUCGAUAUCUCUAAUCAAAAAUUUAGAAAAAGUAUUGACACAUGGGCAAUAUCUAUGAUGAUGAUUCAAGUAUUUGAAAAUAAUUAAACUUUACCAAAUAAGAUAACUGAUUAUUAUGGUUUAAACAAUUAAUUGUUACUUCAGAAAAUUCAGAAUCUUAAAUAAUAUUCAGCUGGAAUCUUUUCUUAAGUUAUUUAUUCUUUAUUAAUUGAAAAAUAAGAUCCUGAAAAUGUAUAUCAAACAUUCAUCAAAUAAAAAUAAAUGGUUAAUACUGAAUCAAAUUAAAUGGAAUCAACUUUUACUAUCAAAUAGAUUUUUGAUCAUAAUACAGAUUAUGAUGAUAUAUCUCUUCACUCCUAUAAGCCUGGCAAUUAUUUUCUUAAUAACUAAUAAAUUGAAAAUCUUUAAGGUUAAUUUGAUGAUGAUAUCUCUAGUGUUAAAAGUUCAAAUUUUAUAAUUGAUAUUGUCAAUUAUAAUGAAUAAAAACCUAAAACUAAUUUAACCUUAAUUCCAUAACAACCUCCAAGUCGCAAUUAAUCAGCUACUUCUAGAUAGAAACCAUAAACUUAAAAAUAUGAAUCAACUAAUAUUGAUAAUUCUAAAUAUUUUGACCUUAAUCCUAUUGUAUAAAAUUAAUCUAAUGGAGAUAGGAAGAAACCAACUAUUGUAAUCUCAAAUUAUGAUUUGAUCGCUUAACAUAAUUAAGAAGGAGUUCCUAUUGAUGAAAAUUAAAAUCAUAAUAAAGGUUAACAAUUUAUUCCUAUUUCAUCUUAAUUUCCGUAUCAUACUGAAAACCCUUAAUAAUCAGAUUUUUUAAAGAUGAAACUAUUUUCAGAUGAUGACAAAAUUGAAGAUAUUAACUUAGAUAAAUAAAGAAACAAUAAUUCAGAUAUCCAAUAAUUGUAAAUAAUUUAAUUAUAAUAAUUAAAUGAUGAUGAAUAAGAUUCUCAUAAUUAAUCACCAAGAUUUAAUUAAAAUUAAACUUAAUCAUUUUAAUUUUUAUAAGCAUAAAAGAUAAAUACAAUUUAAGAUAAAAAUAAUGAUACUUCUAGUGGUAUUGUUUCUUUUUCUAAUAGCUAAAACUUUUAAUAUUUAAAUUCAAGAAAUUAAGAUUUAAUAAAUUUAGAUGAUUAAUAAUAAUAAGGUUCAAGCCAAAUUUAAUAAAAUUAAGGAUAACCAUAGAAAUACAAUUCACAUUAAUAAAUUAAUUUAAUUGCAAUAGAUGAUUUUGAAGAGGAAAAUUUUAAAAAUCCUACAGAAAUUCCAAAAAAUUAGGAUUUAUUAUAACCUGAUUAAUAGAAAGUAAGUUUAAAAUAAAUAAAAGAUCAAAAUAUAGAAAGCUAAAUUAUAAAUAGGAACCCUUAAUAAACAAAUUCAUUAAUAAUUAUACCUACAAAUGAAAAUUUACUUUCUUUAAAUGAUGAUGAUAGAAAAUCUAAUAAUAAUGUAAUUUCUUCUUAAAUAAUAAAAGAAGAUGUGAAUGUCAAUAAAUCUUAAAUUUAAUUAAUUCAGCCAUUUGAUGAUAAUAAAAAUAAUCAAAGUCAAAUUAAAAAGGUUGCAGCAGUAGAUCAAUUUUCUUAUAUAGAUUAAGAAAAUCUUGGUUUAUUAAAUAGUUUUAUAGAUUAAGAAUAAGAUAAUUAAAAUAAAAAUAAAAAGUAAUAAUCAUAAAUUAUAUAAAUUGGCUAAAAUGAUGAACAAUAAUAAUUAUUUUCACCUAUUGAGGAUUCAGAUAAUAAUAAUUUAGGUGGGUAAAAUAAAACAAAUCCAUUUUCUAUAUAAAUAAUAAAAAAUAAAUUAAAUGAAGGAGUAAUUUAAUUAGAAGAUGAAGAUUAAAGAAAUAUUUUAGAUUAAUUAAAAUUAAUAUAAAAUGUAUUUAAUAAAUUAGAAUAACAUACAAAUGAUCCAACAGAAAUAUUUGAAGAUGAAGAAGAUAAAGGAAAGAAGAAAGUGUUAAAGUAAGUUGUUAAUGAAAUAGUGAAGCAAAAAGAGAAAGAGAGACUUGAAUUAAUUGAAGAUGUAAAUGAUGGCGUUGGAUUCAUAUUAAAAAAAUAAGAAGUUGAUAAGGUUUAUGAUAAUAAUGAAAUUGAGAAGAAUCCUCAUUUACUUAUUAUAUUAAAUGAAGAUUAAUUAAAAUAACUGAAGGAAAAAGUAAAAGGUAAUUAAAUUAUUACUAAUUAAAUAUAAUAAAUAAUAGAAGUAAAAGAGGCAUUAAAAAAAUUAAAAGAAAAUAAAAAUUUAUAAAAUAUUUUAAAAGAUAAAGACAUUGACUUAUUAAAUGAAGAAGAACUUAAAAUUUAUAAACAUUUGUUAGAAAUAAUUGGAAAAGAUAAAAAAUUUGCUAAGAGAAUAUUACCUUAAUAAACAGCAAUUGAGAAAAGAUAAAAAGAAAUAAAGAAAUUGUAAGAGGAAGAAGGAAAUAAAUAAAAAUUGAUUGAUUUUUUAAAAAAUCCCUCAUUUGAUAAAUUAUUACCUAAUGAAUACCUAAAGAGAUUGAAUGAAGAAGAAAGGUAGAAAUAUAAGGCAGCUCUUGAAGAUUUCAAAUAAAAAGUAAAGCCAAGAUAAAAAUAAUCAAUACAAGAAUAAAUAGAUCUAAUAAAUAAAAUUGACAAUAAUAAUAUAAAAAAUAAACCAUAGAUAAAAAAGAUAGAUGAAGUAGAUGAAGAAGAGAGCACAAAACAAUCUUCAAAAUAUAUUAAUAAUAAUUUUUAAGAUGCAUUUAUGUAGGCAAUAGGAAAAUUGGAGAAAGAUAAUGAUGGUGAUAUUUUAUCAUUGAAUAAAUAUAUAAGACAAUUUCAAUUAACAGGAGGAUCUUAUUAAAUAACAGAUUAAAUACCUUAAGAUUGUUAAAAAUAUUAAUAAUAGAAAAAAAACAGAAAAGUUUUAUAUUUUGAUUAUUAAGGUUCAAAAUAUAAAGGUGAGACAAUUAAUGAUUAGCCGGAUGGAAUGGGAAUAUUGAGAAAGAGAGGAUAUUCUUCAAUUUAUAAGGGUUUUUUUAGAUAAGGUAAAUUUUAUUGGGGAUAGGUUUUGGAAAUGAAUGAUUAAGGAUAAUUGACUUAAUAUGUAGGAUAUUAUCAUUUAGAAUAUUAAGUAAAAAAUGGGGAUGCAAGAUUAAAAUGGUAUUAACCUUAAAGGAUGUAAUGUUGUGGAGGAUAAUAUUUUUUUAAUGAUUAUGAAAUAUAUGAAGGUAAUUUUGUGUUAGGAUUUAUUCAUGGAAAAGGAAAGAAAAGAUAUGAAGAUUUUUCUGAGUAUGAAGGAGACUGGAAGAAGAAUAAGAGAGAAGGAUAAGGUAGAUUAACUUUAAUGAAAAAGGGAGAGAAAACAAUAACAUAUGAAGGAUAAUUUAAAAAUGAUGUUUUAAAUGGUAAAAAUAUUAAAGCUUUUCAUCAUUAUAAGAAUAGACCAGAUUUGGUAAUAGAAGGUGAAUACAGAAAUGGAAAUCCUUUUGGAUAACAUCAGUUAAUAUUUAAUAAUGUAGUUUAAAGAUAAAUUGAUUAUUGA